CUCGAAUGAGCCUGAAGCUGUUUUUCUAUAGCUGUAUUAGGCCUAAAUUUUGUAAUUCUUUCUUGUGAGUUUUUAAUAUAUACAAAUAUGAAAUGAAUCGUGUCCAUAAAGAUUUCGCUCGCCAUUGGUUGUGAUCCGUGUGGUUUUUACCAUAUCUGAAGAAAAUUCUUCUCCACAACUUUGUUUAUUUUUUUUUUCUUUAUCUGUCUAGUAUCAAGUGAAAUUGUAUGUAUACAUGGAUAGAGGACGAAGACAUGAGGAGUAACUUGGAAUAACAUUGAUUUUAUAUAGCUGUGUGCUCCCACGAGUGUGUGUAUGCCAUUGUAGCUCAGUAGUUUUGCCUGUGGAUGAUAGAGUUUGGGGCACUCAAGUCAAAUCUAUACGCAUGUCAAGUACAGGUGUGUGCACCCACUGUGGUUGUACAGAGAUUGACAAGGAUCCAGCAAGGGGUGAUGCUGUCUGCACAAACUGUGGCUCUGUGUUGGAGGACCAGAUUAUCGUGUCCGAAAUCCAGUUUGAGGAGCAUGCUACUGGGGCAUCUUCGGUAAUUGGACAGUUUGUCUCUACUGAUGGCUCAAAAUCACACUCAUUAGGUAUCAGUUUUCCUCAUGGAAUGAAAAGGGAAUCACGAACAGUUACAUUUGAUAAUGGUCGAAAACGAAUUCAACAGCUUGGAGUCCAGUUGAAAUUGAAUCAGCACUGCAUAGAUACAGCUUUCAACUUUUUCAAGAUGGCUGUAAACAGACGAAUGACACAGGGUAGAAAAACAACUCAUGUUAUAGCUGCCUGUCUGUAUAUUGUGUGUAGAACAGAAGGCACACCUCAUAUGCUGCUGGAUAUAAGUGACCAGUUACAGAUAAAUGUAUACAGUUUAGGAAAAACCUAUCUCCAGCUCUCCAGAGCUCUGUGUAUCAACAUUCCUGCUAUAGAUCCCUGUUUGUAUAUUCCAAGAUUUGCACACAAGCUUGAGUUUGGUGACAAAACACAUGAGGUUUCUAUGACUGCACUUCGUCUUGUAUCUCGAAUGAAGAGAGACUGGAUGCACACUGGGAGAAGACCCUCAGGACUAUGUGGUGCAGCUCUUCUUGUGGCAGCUAGAAUGCAUGAUUUUUCAAGAAGUGUUAAAGACUUAAUAAAGAUUGUCAAAGUUUGUGAUACCACCAUUAGGAAAAGAUUAACAGAGUUUAAAAACACUCCAUCGAGUCAGCUGACAAUUGAGGAGUUUCAGACUAUUGAUUUAGAGGAGGAACAGGACCCCCCUUCUUAUACCGAGGGAAAAGCCAAAGCAUUGAAGGCAAAACAGCUACAGAUUGAACAAGCCAUGUUUCCACAAAUUGAAUCAGAAAUGUCUGACCUGCAGAAAGAAAUAGAAAAGGGCUUGGUUCCUGUUAAACCUCGGGGAAUCUGGGCAGCUUAUGCAAAUGCCUCCAGUUCACCAGAUAUAAGUGCGGAAAACUCUCGAGCCAACUCGCCUGACAUGGCUGACAGCGAGAUAAAAAAUGUCAGUGAUUUCUUAGAAAACGAGACUCUGAAACCAUGUCUGGAUGAAGAUGACCUUGUUACCAAUGAAAAGCCUCUGAAACAGGAAGUAAUAAUGACGGAUAAGAAACCACUGCAGGAAACCAUAGGAAUGAUUGACGUUGUCAAAAAAUGUGUCAAUAAAGAGGAGGUUGACGAGGAUGCAGAGAAAACAGCUGAUGGGGAGUUAGAUCUGACCGGGAUUGAUGAUGAUGAAUUGGAGAAGCAAUUUGUGUUAACGGAGGAGGAGAUUAAAUUAAAAACUAGUUUGUGGAUGGCUGAGAACAAAGACUACCUCACUGCUUUGAAAGAGAAAGAGGAGAGAUUGGCUAAAGAGAAAGAAGAAGAGGCUAAAAAUCCAGAGAAGAAGAAACCUAAAAGAACUCGAAAGAAACGAGUGCCCAUUCAGGCAGCGACAGCAGAGGAGGCAAUAUAUAAGCUGAUUCACGAGAAAAAGAUCUCCAACAAGAUAAAUUAUGAUGUCCUUAAUGACUUAAAGUGCCAGUCGGGUCCCCCUCCUGUUACAACUGCGUCCUCCCAAACCUCCCUCACAACCCCUAAAAUAGACGAUACAACUACUGUCAAUCUAGCAAAGAAAACCAUGCCAAGUAGUGUCAAGAAAGAAGCAGAGGAACCAGAAAAAAAGAGAAUGAAGCUUGAGAAGAGAGAGGAUGAGGACUUGAAUGCUGGUGUUAAAGAGGGAGAGACAUCUGCUGUGGUUGUUGAACACGGGCCUGUUCAGUACAUCCAGAAUCUCAAAGAAGAAGAAGCCAAUCUGGAGGAGGAAGAGGAGGAGGAGUUUUAUGAUGAGGAUGAACCAAUCAGUGCUGCCCAACUUCUGGGUCAUCAUCAGGUUCAAGACUAUGAUGAUCCUGACUUGUAUGAUGAUGACUGAAGACACAAUCUGAACAGAAAGAAAUCCACAGAUUCUAUUACUAAAGGCCAGUAACUCCUUUCAAACCCAAACUGGGCUAUGGAAGGCAGAAAGUAGGCACUGCUGAAACAUGGAACAACACAUUAUUAUGCAGCCCUGUGUUUCCAAUUGAAUAAAACAGGAUGAGACCAUAAUAGAUGUUUUGAUGUUGCAAAUAACAGCGGUUGCAAAACUUAAUUUUUUUAACAUUAGGGAGUUGAUUUAGAAUGAAAUGAAUGGCAUCUGUACCUAACAUUAUUCAUAGUUACCGGGUAAUUUGUCAACUUUCUCCAGGUUAGUGAGAUGAGGUCAAAGAAUUUCUCUUGAUUUACUUGAAAGCAUCAAAUCUGAAUAUCAGCAUUUUAUAACUUCUCAAUUUUUCCCCUCUCUGGUAACCUUGAAAAAUGUCAUUUCUACUACAGAAUGGUAUUAAUCAUUUGAUUCUUCUUAUGCUGAAUUAUAGACAAAAUGCAGUGCAAUAAAAGCUGAUGAAUUGGUAGUCUUUUUGUUAAAAUGAAAUGUUAACUUUAUAUAAUUAAUUUAUUGAAGCUGUGACUGAAAAAAUACUCAAUUUUGGCAAACAA